AUGGAUGAUGAUCAAGAAAGCGGUGGGCAUCAAGAAACAACAGAAAUUGGUGAAGGGAAGCUUCUGAUAAAACUGAAGAUUCCACAGGUGAAAGAAGAAGAAGAGGGCCAGAUGUUUGAAAGCUCUUCUCCACCUCCUCCUCCUCCUCAGGAGAAGGAUAAAAUCAUCACUCGAGUGUGUGAUGUGUGUAACAAAGGGUUUAGCUCCGGUAAAGCUUUGGGUGGUCACAUGAGAAUUCACGUUCAUGCCAAGAAAGAGCUCAAAACCAAUCAACACAAACAACCCAUCGCCAAGAAAAUUAAACAAGAAGAAGAAAAACACGAUAAUUAUUUGAUCGACGACAACAACACUAUCAAUGGGUCGUCGUCGACGUCUGUGAUGAUGAGCAACAGUAGCAGCGUACCCACUUGUUCGAUUUGUGACAAGAAGUUUCCGUCGAUGAAGUCAUUGUUUGGGCACAUGAGGUGCCAUCCCGAGAGGCCUUAUAGGGGAAUUCAGCCUCGUACUUCGGCGGCGGCGGAUCCAAAAACCAGUCCGUCCUCCUCCGUGUCGGAUUCUUUGCCUCGGAAACUCGAUAAUGAUUAUGAUGAUGAUCAUGAUGAUCAGAUUGCUGAUACUGUUACUGAUCUGAAACAGUCCUUACCACGGUGGUCAGUGACCGACAGGCGAGGCCGGAAAGCCCUCACCGCCGCCUCAGCUGUUUCAAGUUCGUCUGAGGAGGAGGAGGAGGAGGAGGAGAUGCGUGAUGCUGUGGAAGAUCUCAUGAUGCUAGCUCAUGGGAAUUCUUUGGAGUCCGGACUCACACACAAACACGUAGUUGAGGAAUUUGAGGCUACGAAUGGUAAUUCUGGUGAGAAGAAUUGGGUUUCUGAAUCUAAGAAACGAAGAAUAAUGGAGACGAAACCAGUUGGAUACAUGAGGGAUAAUGAUGUGAAGACCAGCUGUUUGAUGCCGAAAACAGUGGAUAAAUCCAAAGGAAAAGCAGUGUUUGGCACUGGAUUUGUUCAGGAGAGCAUGAAUUAUAGAUUAUCUAAUACAGAUUGGCACCACCAAGCAGAUGAGUAUGAUUAUAAGAACUUCACAGAUUAUGAAUCUGACAGCCAAGGCACAGACGGUAGCUUUCUCAGUGCACAGAACAUGGAUUAUAAAUGUGAUCCUGCAAUAGUGCUUAAGAACAAGAAGAGGACGAAGAAGAUGAAUCUGAGAGAUUUGGAAUCGUCGGUUCAAGAUACCACUCCAUUGGAUCAUCAACGUCAGAAGACUGUGAUGACAACACCAGCAGCUGAUAAGUACAAAUGCAGCACUUGUAACAAGUGCUUCCCAACUCACCAAGCUUUAGGUGGACAUAGGUCAAGCCACAACAAAUUCAAGAAUACCACCAUUCAAGAGUCACUAUCUCCAGUUGGUGAGGAUGCCAAUCCGAAUGCCCAAUUUGACGAAGGGGCGGCCAGCUCAAUGCUGGUGCUGGAGAGCACACUGCACCGAUGCAAGAUUUGCAACAAGACUUUCCCUACAGGCCAAGCUCUUGGGGGUCACAAGAGGUGUCACUGGACGGCUCCUGUGGAGGCUCCAGCUCCAGCUCCAGCUCAGGUUACGUCUCCCGGGGAAGCCAGUCAGACGGGGCGGAAAGUGCUCGAAUUUGAUCUCAAUGAGCUUCCUGAAAUGGAGUUUGAAGGGGGUGUUGAGUCUGAUUAUUAUCAUGGAGCUGGUUAUUGUUAUCCAUCUUCCUCUUACAACUCAUUUGCUUGA